GCCCUGCUGAUUGUUUUACACAGGGUAUCUUUGUUUCCCUAGCAAUUGAUGAGUACAAGCCCCUGGAUGCCACCACAAACCCAUCUCUGAUCCUAGCUGCUGCUCAGAUGCCAGCUUACCAGGAACUCGUGGAUGAUGCUGUUGCCUAUGGGAAAAAACUUGGCGGGUCAGAAGAGGAGCAGAUAAAAAAUGCUUGUGACAAGCUUUUUGUAUUAUUUGGCGCAGAAAUACUGAAGAGGAUACCUGGCCGUGUGUCCACAGAAGUAGAUGCAAGGUUGUCCUUUGAUAAGGAAGGAAUGAUUCAAAGGGCCAGGCGCCUCAUUGACCUUUAUAAGGAAGCAGGAAUUGGUAAAGAUCGUAUUCUCAUCAAGCUGUCUUCAACAUGGGAAGGAAUCCAGGCCGGCAAGGUUCUGGAAGCAGAGUAUGGGAUUCACUGCAACAUGACCUUGCUGUUCUCCUUUGCUCAGGCAGUUGCCUGUGCCGAAGCUGGAGUUACUCUCAUUUCCCCGUUCGUAGGACGUAUCCUGGAUUGGUAUGUUGCAAAUGGAGAUAAGAAAACCUAUGAGCCUUCAGAGGAUCCAGGAGUGAAGAGUGUCACAAAGAUCUAUAACUACUACAAGAAGUUUGGCUACAAAACUAUAGUGAUGGGUGCUUCGUUUCGAAACACGGGAGAAAUAAAAGCGCUUACGGGCUGUGACUAUCUCACUAUCUCACCCAAGCUUUUGGCAGAGCUCAGCAAAGAGUACGUGAAGUUAACUCCCACGCUCAGUGUGAAAGAGGCUCAGGCAUGUGAGCUUGAGAAGAUCCACCUGGAUGAGAAGGCAUUCCGCUGGCACCAUAACGAAGACCAAAUGGCUGUGGAGAAACUAUCUGAUGGGAUCAGAAAAUUUGCUGCAGAUGCAAUUAAACUGGAGAGGAUGUUAAAGGAGCGAAUGGUCAGUGCUGAAAAUGGAAAGUAGAAGAGUUUUCCCGAGUGGUCAAGGCUGAAUGAGUGGAUCACCUGAGGUUAAAUGGAUGUACAAAUGUCUUACCUGUAAAAGUCAUAUGCUAUGUAUGGAUAGAUUUCUGUAUCAUGCUUUUUUAUCAAUUUGCAAAGGGACAAAUAGAAUUUCAAAUUUUUGUGGCACUUUUGUCAAUACAUGCAAAUUAACACA